AUGAAAAAAUCACCGUCGAAUAAAGUUUUUCCUGGAGACGCUUUAGUCAACAAUUAUUUAACUGCUGAUAAGGAAGCUGAUGUACAUGAUAACUUUCGUGAUAGUAUGACUAAUUCAAGCCUAUAUGCGACUACAACUUUACCAAGUGUGACCAGAAAUCAAGCUGUAUUCAUUCAACAUGGUAGCCACAUGCAGGCUCUAUUGGGCUUAAAAGAUACUGAGAAGGCUACAUUCUACUAUAAAGAAAGUUGUAAUCAACUAGAAGUAACUGCGAUGAAAAAGGAUCUAGGUGGUGUCCUUAUACAGUUAAACGAAAUUAUUGGAAAUAUCAAACAAAAAGAUCACCAUUUACCCGAAUUAUUAUGCUCCUACUUUCGUUCAGACUUAGCAAGAAUUUAUAAGUUUAAUGAUAUAUUAAGAAAUAGUAAUAUUGAUGCUGUGGGAACAAUUUCUGAGGGAGAACGUUUCCAUGUAUUGUCCCUAACUUUGGAAGACUUAAGUAAGGCCUCGCAGUUACUAUGCGAUAAGUAUUCUUCGGUAUGUUUAGAAGUAAAAGGUAAUAUUUCGCAUUCAGUCUAUAGCAGCAAUGUAACUGUAGAAUUUGAACAUUGCUAUCGGAUAAAGAUAGAAUUUGAACAUUAUAAUGGAAAUCCUGCAAAUACAACUGAUAUAAAGAUGGCUGGUUACAUUGAUGAUAUUUUGCAUGCAUCACAAAAUAUUUAUGCAUUGGUAGAGAAAUUGAAGGGUAGCUGA